AUGGCGUUUAUACGCCAAUAUCAAGAGUCGGACUUUGACGACAUGUCACACAUUUGUCGAGCGACGCUCCCGCCCUCGCUCAGCGCCUCGGAGCCCGCGCAGCGCCUGGCGCCGUACAUCUGGACGCACCAGUACACGCUCCUCUCGCCCUCGACGUGCUUCGUCGUCGACGACGGCGCCGGCCGCGCCGUCGGCUACUGCAUCGGCUGCCCGGACGUUGCCGCCUUCUGCGCCGCCUACCCGCGGUACGUGCGCGACGUGCUCGAGGGCCGCGGCCGGACCAACGGCGACGUUCGGCUGCGCGCCGAGGACGCGGGAGACGAGGGCGGCGAGCGCGCGCCGUGGAUCGACCGCGACACGGGCCGCGUCAGCGAGCUCGCGCUCUCGCAGCUCGCCUUCUCGGCGCGCCGGCUGCUGCUCGACGGCCACGAGGACCUGCUGCGCGAGGGCUACCGCGCGACGCUGCACAUUGACCUGCUCGAGGCGCACCAGGGCCGCGGAUGGGGCCGGAGGCUGCUCGAGGCGCUGAUGGAGAGCAUGAGCAAGGCGCAGGCGCAGCAGGGGGACGGGGAGGAAAAGUCGCGCGGGAUAUGGCUGGGCGUGGGCGGGGAGAAUAGCAAGGUGGUGCCGUUUUACGAAAAGCUGGGCUUCCGCGUCAAGGAGCGCGAGGUCAAAACGUCGACCAUCAUCAUGGUCAGGGACUACUGA